AUGGGCAGCAUGUUUCGCAGCGAAAAGAUGUCGCUGUGCCAAAUCUUUCUGGCACCGGAAGCGGCCUACAAUAACAUGGCAGAUUUGGGCGAACUGGGUUGUGUGCAAUUUCGUGAUCUAAAUAAUGAAGUCACAGCUUUUCAGCGUAGAUUUGUUAGUGAAGUCCGCCGGUGCGAUGAGAUGGAACGUCAAAUGCGUUAUAUAACUAGGGAGCUAGAGAAGGAUGGAAUAAAGCUGCAGGAUGUUUACGAUGAUAUACCGAGCGCACCGAAUCCACGUGAUUCGGCCGACUUGGAGGCGCAGCUGGAGAAGGCCGAGUACGAAAUUCGCGAAAUGUCGGAAAAUGAUAUCAAUUUGAAAUCGAAUUUGCUAGAGCUCACCGAACUCUGCAAGGUGAUUGAAAAGACUCAAGACUUCUUUACUGAACAAACGGUACUUAAUAUGGAGGAACAUGCGAACAGCGGCACUUUCACUGGUGAACGACGUGGUUGCUUGGGCUUCAUUGCCGGUGUAAUAAAUCGCCAACGUCUCUUCGCAUUCGAACGCAUGUUGUGGCGUAUUUCUCGCGGCAACAUUUUGGUGAAACAUGCUGAUAUCGAAGAGCCCUUGCACGACCCACGCACGGGCAAUAGGACUUUUAAGACGGCUUUUGUAGUAUUUUAUCAGGGCGAACAAUUGAAUGCUCGCAUUAAGAAGGUGUGUACCGGCUUCCAUGCCUCCCUCUAUCCCUGCCCAAAUGUUCACGAUGAACGCGAGGAUAUGCUGAAAGGGGUGAAGAAACGCUUGGAAGAUCUGAAGUUGGUGUUGAAGCGGACCGAUGAUCAGCGCAAUUGCAUUUUGGCGGGCAUAGCCAAACACCUGCCUAUUUGGUCCAUUAAAAUAACUAAAAUGAAGGCCAUUUAUCACACCCUGAACUACUUCAAUAUAGAUGUAACAAGCAAAUGUUUGAUCGGCGAGUGCUGGGUGCCGACUAUGGAUCUAGAAUUGGUGCAGCAAACAAUCGCAAAUGGCUCGGCCAAUGUAGGCAGUACGGGCUCCUUUUUAACAGCUGUGGCGACAAAGAAGAGCCCACCCACUUACUUUCGUACCAAUAAGUUCACACGGGGAUUUCAAAACUUAAUCGAUGCAUAUGGCAUGGCCACCUAUCGGGAGGUUAAUCCUGCUCUCUACACCUGCAUUACUUUCCCUUUCCUCUUUGCGGUUAUGUUUGGCGAUUUGGGCCAUGGUUUUAUUAUGUUCUUAAUUGGCUUCUGGAUGGUUAUAGAUGAAGAGCGACUGAUGCGAAAGAAAGGCGGCGAAAUUUGGCGAAUCAUGUUUGGUGGUCGUUAUAUCAUUUUGCUCCUUGGUCUUUUCUCCAUGUACACCGGAUUCACUUACAACGACACCUUCUCAAAAUCGUUCAAUGUGUUCGGCUCUAAAUGGCGCGUCCGUUAUAAUACUACCACCGUUCUGACCAAUGCAAAUCUGCAACUCGAUCCCACUGUAUCCACCAUUGGCACCUACCCUUGGGGUAUGGACCCGAUUUGGCAGUUGGGGUCCAACAAGAUCAUCUUCUACAAUUCGUACAAGAUGAAACUUUCUAUCAUUUUUGGUGUUUUGCAUAUGGUUUUCGGUGUAUGUAUGUCUGUGGAGAAUAUGGUUUAUUUCAAAAAGUACGCAUACAUCUUACUGGAAUUCUUACCGCAAGUCCUUUUCCUUAUCCUACUAUUCGGUUAUAUGGGAUUUAUGAUGUUCUAUAAAUGGGUCCAAUACUCACCGACCACCGACUACGAACCUGAUACACCGGGAUGCGCGCCAUCUGUUUUGAUCUACUUCAUUAAUAUGAUUCUAUUCAAGGCGUCCCCACAAUUAGCCGGUUGUAAGAUGUAUAUGUUUGACAGUCAAGCAAUGGUGGAACGAGUUUUCUGGAUUGUUGCUCUAUUCUGUAUCCCUUGGAUGUUGAUCGGGAAGCCAUUGUACAUCCAGUGUUUGCGUUCAUUUGAGUCGAAGAAGAAAACAAAGGAGGAAUACGUGGAAAAAAUAGAAAUUCAAGAGGGCGACAUUGUUAUUGAAGCAACGCUCACAGACCCAGUUCCACAUGCUCAUCACGAGAACGAAGACGAUGAGGAGGAGGAGCCAAUGAGUGAGAUUUGGAUUCACCAGGCCAUUCACACGAUUGAGUACGUCCUGAGUACUAUUUCACACACAGCAUCUUACUUGCGUUUAUGGGCGCUAUCCUUGGCACAUGCGGAGCUGUCUUAUGUGCUGUGGCUUAUGGUUAUGCAGAAGGGUCUCCAUUUCAAGGGUUACGCUGGUGCAAUUGGCGUGUACAUUAUUUUUUGGGCUUGGGCUUUGCUUACCAUUGCCAUCAUGAUAUUUAUGGAAGGACUUUCAGCUUUCUUGCAUACACUGCGUUUGCAUUGGGUCGAGUUCAUGUCGAAGUUCUACGCUGGCACUGGUUACGCUUUCGAGCCAUUCAACUUUAAGAUGAUCUUAGAAGCUAGCGACGAGGAUUAAGUUUUGUGAAAAGAUAACUUACAAAUCUUAUCUACAUAAAUGUA